AAAUUUCUAGUUUCUGAAUCUCUUGCUUCUUGUCGUCCUUUCCUUGAAUUUCAAAAGCACAAUGACUUUCCGAACACAGAAUCUGUCUAAUCCUACGAAGGAUGAUUACCCUUAUGAAUUUUCACCUUUGCCCCUAAAUGCCUCUAACGUUCCUCUAGAAGUUAAUUCUUCAAACUGUGAAAAUUGCAUAUGCCAAUCAGAUGAAGAUUUUCCUAUUGUAAUGAGAAUGGUAAUUCUGGUGGGGUUUUUCGUUUUGAUAUUUGCAUCCAGUUCUGACUGUCAAAUAAUACCUGAGCUAGAAAUCAACUCGUUUUCCAUAUCCAACCUCAACAUCUCUGCCUCAAAAAUGCUGGCAGUUUGGGACACUAACAUCAGAUUCCAGCAUUUUGAUAUGAAUUCAACAUCUGGAGACGUCAUGUACUUUGACCAGGUUGAAGGUUGCAUCUUUUACAGAAACAUGGACAAUAAGCUUGCAGCAGCAAAAGAAAAAGCGUUUUCUUUAAGGGCAAAUGAAACGAAAACGGUUCAGAUGAGGUUCAUGAACACAGAAUUGGAGGCUGAUCAAUCUGGUGUGGAAGAUGAAGUCGUCAUCGGAGAGAUUAGCAGGGAGCUAGAAAAUGGAAUGAUGCACUUCAGUUUGAGAAUUGAUUUUGAGGUAUUUUCGGAAAAAUGGGGGUUAAGAUUUUCAGACAUGGAGUCGUAUUGCUGGGAUUUGAUGGCUGGGGUUGAUCCAUCUACAGGAAAAGGAAGGUUGAUUUCUGCCCAGGGUGUAGACUGCAAUAUUUAAUGGUCCAUAUUGGUUUUAAGUGCAUGACUUCGCUGAAUGUCAUGCAGAAUUGAUAAUAUCUACUUAAAUGUUAUGUUUUAAGCAACAAGUAUUUAAUAUGAAGUUGAUAAUAGACACAAUCUUAUUUC